AUGUCAGAGAACAAGGAUAAUAAACAUUUCUGCCGAGUGUCCCGGCAGGAAUCGAACUCGGUCUUCGCUAUGAACGAUAUUUGUGUCUCAGGACAGAAUGACCGAGUUGUCUUAGGACAGAACGGUCGAGAUGUUUCAGGACAGAACGGUCGAGAUGUUUCAGGACAGAACGGUCGUGGUGUUUCAGGACAGAACGGUCGUGGUGUUUCAGGACAGAACGGCCGAGUUUUCUUAGGACAGAACGGUCGAGAUGUUUCAGGACAGAACGGUCGUUGUGUUUCAGGACAGAACGGUCGUGGUGUUUCAGGACAGAACGGCCGAGUUUUCUUAGGACAGAACGGUCGAGAUGUUUCAGGACAGAACGGUCGAGAUGUUUCAGGACAGAACGGCCGAGGUGCCUCAGGACAGAACGGCCGAGGUGCCUCAGGACAGAACGGUCGAGGUGUCUCAGAACAGAACGGCCGAGGUGCCUCAGGACAGAACGGCCGAGGUGCCUCAGGACAGAACGGCCGAGGUGCCUCAGGACAGAACGGCCGAGGUGCCUCAGGAACUAAUAUUAGUACUCAGAGAGAUAAAAUCAAACAACGGAUAUACCUUGUUUACAGUGCUCGUUUACUAUAUCCAUUUUCUACAUUUUGUAUGUAA